GGGACGAGAGCGAGCGCUUGUAAAGAAUGUGAGCGGUUUUUCUGCGGCUUUAUACAGUACAGUGAUGGAGAUGGAGGUGGAAUCAGCCGAUGUGAUCCGGCUGAUCAUGCAGUACCUGAAGGAGAACAAUCUGCCACGCACACUGGCCACGCUGCAGGAGGAGAGUACGGUGGUGUUGAACACAAUCGACAGCAUCGAGAGCUUCAUGGAGGACGUGAACAGCGGCCGGUGGGAUGCAGUGCUGCGAGCCAUCCAACACCUCAAACUACCUGACAAGCUGCUCAUCGACCUGUACGAACAGGUCGUACUGGAGCUGAUUGAGCUGAAAGAACUCGGAGCCGCCACUUGUUUACUGACUCAGACGGACCCCAUGAUCAUGCUGAAACACACUCAGCCUGAACGAUACACCAAGCUGGAGGCUCUGCUCUCAAACAAGUUCGACCCCAACGAGGUUUACCCAGGAGGCAGCAGUAAAGAGAAGCGCAGGUUGGACAUCGCUCAGGCUCUGGUUGGAGAAGUCAGCGUGGUUCCUCCAUCUCGUCUCAUGGCUCUGCUCGGACAGGGCCGUUUAUGUGAGAGCGCCCUGUACAGGUUACAGGAGACCAAAGCGCUGAGGCAGUUCGGAUCAUUAGCCAUGUUGUCUCUGAAGUGGCAGCAGCACCAGGGUCUCCUGCCCCCUGGGAUGUCCAUAGACCUGUUCCGGGGCAAGACCAUGAUGAAGGACCUGGAGGAAGAGCGCUUCCCCACACAGCUCAGUCACCUCCUAAAGUUUGGCCCUAAGUCACAUGUGGAAUGCGCUCGGUUCACACCAGAUGGUCAGUAUCUGAUUACAGGAUCAGUGGAUGGAUUUAUCGAGGUUUGGGAUUUCACCACAGGGAAAAUCUGCAAGGAUUUAAAGUACCAAGCUCAGGAUAACUUCAUGAUGAUGGGUGAGGCGGUUCUCUGCCUGGCAGUGAGUCACGACAGUGAGAUGGUGGUGUCCGGGGCUCAGGACGGGAAAAUACAGCUGUGGAGGAUUCGUAACGGUCAGUGUCUGCGCAAAUUCGAACGUCCCCAUGGGAAAGCGGUCACCUGCCUCUGCUUCAGCAGAGACAACAGUCGGCUCCUCAGUGGCUCCUUCGACCAGAUCAUCAGACUUCAUGGACUGAAAUCAGGAAAGAUGCUGAAGGAGCUCCAAGGUCACACGUCCUGCAUAAACGACGUCAUCUUCUCGCACAACGGCCAGUUUGCCAUUAGCGCCUCAGCAGAUGGCACAGUGAAGAUCUGGAACGUUAACACAGCAGAAUGCACCAUCACCAUCAAAACUCCUGACGUUCCAGAAGGAUCCGACAUCACAGUGAACAAUGUUGUCCUGGUGCCCAAAAACCCAGAGCACUUUGUGGUGUGUAACAGGACCAGCACAGUGGUGGUCAUGAAUGUCCAGGGCCAGGUACUGAGGAGUUUUAGCUCAGGAGUGAGGGAGGGAGGAGACUUUGUGUGUUGCACCUUGUCUCCUCGUGGAGAGUGGAUCUACUGCGUGGGAGAAGAUUACGUGCUUUACUCGUUCAGCACCAUCACUGGGAAGCUGGAGAGAACUCUGACGGUGCAUGAGAAAGACGUGAUUGGCGUAACGCACCACCCUCAUCAGAACCUCAUCGCCACCUACAGCGAGGACGGCCUGCUGAAGCUCUGGAAACCGUGAACGUUACUCCGACGAGCAUCGAAUGAACUCUACAGUCAUUAUUCCUGCUGAUACCAUGAUACAUCUGUACAUCCAGAUGUUUGGAGUCAUGCGUCAGUUUUCAGGUUUGAGAAUCUUCCAUUCCAGAGAUCCACUACGAUUCACUACAAACUUGAUCUUCACCUGUAAUAUGUCCUGAGUCACACUGAUCUUAUUGUGUCACUGAAACAUUAACAAUCAGGAGAAUUAUAUAAAUGUUGUAGCAAAAAUGUGGAAACACUAAAACGCUUGGUGGUUCAUUUCUGAUUUGCAUGAAACUGAACUAUAACUGCGAUCAUUUUCCUGUGAAAUUCAGGUGCGAAUAUCAAUCAAUUUCUUCUCCAAAAGAAAGAAGGGUUAGACACCAAAGAUGGUAUUUUAUCUUUCCUUCUGUUUUAAACCUGUUCCUCUGCUGUAUAAACACUGCAUGAUCAAAUCCACAUGUUCGUGACAUUCUGUAGUGUGUAUUAUGUCAGUAUCUGCAUGGCAGCGUCUCUGUUGCUAACGUCCGGCCGAAGCUGCAGCAGGAGAUUUAAGUGGAAUUCUUCAGAACUGAGGUUGUUUUAACCAGCGACAAUAAUGUAGCUAAGGAAAAGCACUCGGUUUCUUCUACACUGAGGGAUUUUGGUGGAAAAUUAAAAAGAACAGAAAAGCACUGAGUGACUUUAAGCACUUUUUACCUCCUGACCAAUCAGAGUGCAAGUUGGUGGGAAAAGUGGGUGGGGCUUCCACAGGUUCAGUUAAUAUAUGAGAGUUCAAAACUGUCAAUCAUUCCAGAUUCUUUAUGUUGAUUGGCUCAUCUGCUGUUCUGUCCUGAAGACAUUAUUGGACACUUUGGCAUCUCAGAGGGGAUCACGGCGUCUCCGGAACCUCGAGGCAAAAUACAGAAAAGUUGCAGGUCUGAGUCUGUAUCUGAUGUGACUCGUUAACAUUCAGUCAGGUUUCUCUUUAUUUUCUGCCUCCAAGUUUAGAGAUGACGAACAACGUCCUCUCCUAGUUAGUUAAUUAGUUAGCUGAUACUAGCAUGGACUGUUAGGAGCGUUGUUAUGGUUACAGUGUUAUCGUCAUGGACAUUUUUCUCCCUUCUCUUUUCGAAAGCAGUGCUGCAGAGCAGGAGUUUGAUGCGAGCACUGAUCUGGACACAAGGUUUAAUGUUUUCAGUUGUGAAAGUUUUAACACUCGACCCACACUUACGUAGAAAAUGACACUGUUUCUCUAACAAUGGAAGCUGUAGCUCGGUGUUUAAGGUAUUGGACCGCUGAUCAGGAGGUCAUGAGUUUGAAUCCCAGGUCCAUCAAGCUGCCACUGCUGGGCCCCUGAGCGAGGCCGUUAACCCUCAAUUGCUCAGUUGUAGAAACUGAAAAGUCACUGUGGAUAAAGGAGUGUGCUAAAUGACAGAAAUGGUACUAAAUAUAUACAUGUGAGGUGAGAGAGAUGUGUAUCAGGUUAAUAUUGUGCUAUUUAUUUAUUUAUCUAUCUAUCUAUCUAUCUAUCUAUCUAUCUAUCUAUCUAUCUAUCUAUCUAUCUAUCUAUCUCAAACAGUCAGGAAUGUUCUGGAUUCUUUGUGUUCAGUGGGUUCAGGUGAUUUUACUAUGUAAACGCAUUAAGUGUUGUUGGUAAAUGCAGCAAAUUUUAUUCCUGCUCUCAAUGUGAACGACACUUUUAACUUUUUCUUGACCACUGCAUCAUCCAGCUUGUUAACAUUCAGUGUUCUUCAUUUCCUGAUU